AGUAGGUGUGCAGUAUAAUUGCCGCGACAUUUUUUUAUUGAAUAAUUUCAUUUUUAUGACAUAUUUUCCGUGCAUUCAGACGUUUUCUGAAUUCUGAUCAAUUCUUCGAGUUUUUCUCGGUUUCAGCUUCCAUGGCCACCGACACUUCAUCCCGAAUCCCAACCAGGGCCAAUUCAAGGCGGUCCGGCAGCUCAAUACACCCUGUCGAUGUGGAAACCCCACCCGUUACUUCCCCAGCUCCGAUCGUUUACAGAGAAAUCAAGCAUUUCAAGAAAUGGAUCUCUUGGUUGAUUCCCGCUUUCGUCUUUGCCAACACUGUUGUGUUCAUCAUCACCAUGUACGUCAAUAAUUGCCCCAAGAAGUCCGCUUUUUGCAUCGCUGAUUUCUUAGGUAGGUUCUCCUUUCAGCCUUUUAGGGAGAAUCCUCUUCUGGGUCCUUCUUCCGUCACGUUGAGGAACAUGGGGGCUUUAGAUGUAAACAAAGUGGUUCAUGGAGACCAGGGAUGGCGUCUCAUCACUUGCAAUUGGUUACAUGGAGGGGUUUUUCAUUUGCUGGCUAAUAUGUUAAGUCUUUUAGUCAUUGGAAUCCGGCUUGAAAGAGAAUUUGGCUUCAUACUGGUUGGAUUGCUCUAUAUCAUCUCUGGAUUUGGUGGGAGCUUGAUGUCUGCACUUUUCCUCCAGUCAAACAUCUCUGUCGGUGCUUCUGGUGCACUUUUUGGAUUACUUGGAAGCAUGCUCUCUGAACUCAUUACUAAUUGGACAAUAUAUGCUAAUAAGGUGGCAUCGUUUCUGACUCUCGUGAUCAUCAUAGCCGUCAAUUUAGCAGUUGGAAUCCUACCACAUGUUGACAACUUUGCUCACAUUGGAGGAUUUCUCACUGGUUUCCUUCUUGGGUUCGUAUUUUUCGUCCGACCCCAGUUUGAAUGGGGUAGUCAACAAUAUGCUCCUCCUGGAUAUUCAGCUUCACCCCGACCUAAAUUCAAGAAGUACCAGUGUAUUUUAUGGGUUGUUUCUCUGAUCCUUGUAAUUGUGGGUUUGACUCUUGGAUUGGUUAUGCUCCUGCGUGGAGUCGAUGCAAAUGAUCAUUGUUCUUGGUGUCAUUACUUGUCAUGCGUACCUACUUCAAGAUGGAGAUGCAAUACCGAGCCUGCAUUCUGCACGUCCACUCAACUAGGCAGCCAAGUGAAUGUAACGUGCUCCCCCACCGGAAAGACCACCACAUACUUUUUGCCAGGCGCAAGCAGUUCUAUGAUCCAGAGCUUAUGUUCUCGGCAGUGCCACUGAUUUAUAUAACAUGCCAAAUACAUGGAUCUUAUAGCACGUAUUGCUUUCAUGUACAUUUGUUUUCUCAGUAUAAACAUGUUUCACACUCAGAACUCAUUCCUUUUAUAUGCCUGUAAUACAUUUUAGCUU